GGGAGGAUGCGGCCGGUCCUGGCCGCACCCCGGGGAGAGCAGCCGGGGAGAGCGGGAGACGCCCGUGGCUGCGGGAGUUGCGCGGCAGUGCUCCAGAGAAGCUCCAUCACUCGGGAGAUGCUCCAUCGCUCUUGGGAUGUUUCAUCACUCACUCACUCACUCACUCACUCACUCACUCUCUCACUCACUCGGGAUUCCGUCCCUCGUGAGAUGCUUCGUCACGUGCGAGGCAGCGCUCCGUUAAUCGUGAGUGUUCCAUCGCUGGUGAAAGAAAGUUCCACCACCCAUGAGAUGCUCCGCCAGCCACAAGGGACUCACGUCUCUCAUCAGCUGCUUCAUCCCUGACGAGACACCCCAGCAGCGGUGACACUCCCGCUCUCCCGGGUGUCAUUCCCACCAUGGCCGUGGGGAAGGGACAAGGGGCUGCGUGGCCCUGCCGAGGCACAAAGUGCUUUGGGGUGGGGGCGUGGGCCCCUCCUGGGAUGCGGUUUGCGGAGCAGCUGGUGCCGACAGCUGGUGCUUCCCGGCCGCCCGCCGUGCUGGGGGCUGGCAGGGCCGGCUCAGCCACUGACGUAUGUUCAGGACAAUCUGAGCGAUGACAAAGUUUUUCAUCCGGCUGCCUGCAGUUCCCUGUGCACCGCCCCUGCGGCUGCGGGGAGGGGUAUGGGCCUCGUGGGUCCCCUGGGUGCCGUGGGAAGCGCUGGGCUGUCGGCUUGCCGAGCCGAGUUCUACACACGGCUGGGACCGUCCGAGGGGCUCGGCCACGCUCGGAUGGGGCUCCGGCUCCCGCUGCGCCGGAGCACCAGCUUCACCCCCGACCACCCUGCCCUCAUGGAGGUGCCUGGCCCCGCUGCCCUGAAGAUGGAAGCAAACGUCCUUGUCAUGGGAGCAGACAACGUAGGGAAAUCAGCUCUGACCGUGCGUUUCCUGACCCGGCGCUUUAUUGGAGAGUAUGGAGACAUGGAAUUCAUCUACAGCCACAACCUGACUGUGGAUGGCCGAGAGAUUCUCUUACACAUCUGGGAUGUCCCCAGCUCCCAGGAGCAGGCAGAGGAUGGCUCCUCAGAGGAGAAGCGAAUCCAGUGGGCAGACAGCUUUGUCCUGGUCUAUAGUAUCUGUGACCGUGCCAGCUUCAACAUCCUGCCCCUCAAAGUCCAGUUCAUCAAGGCUGCCAAGGAGGGGCAGUGCCAGGAGAAGGUGCCCAUUGUCAUUGUGGGCAACAAACGGGACCUGCACCACCAGCGUGUGGUGUCCAGCGAGGAGGGGCGGCUCCUGGCCCUCUCUUUAGACUGUGGUUUCUAUGAGGUCUCUGCAGCUGAGGCCUAUCACGGGGCCCUCAUGGUCUUCCAUGGACUGGCCAAGCUCAUCCCAGACACCAAGCUGGCCCUGAAGAAGGGCACAGGGAUCCGGGGUAUCGUCAAGACCAUGUCAGCUGUGUUUGCCCGCAAGCGAACAGACUCCCUGUGAGCUCCUGCUCGGCUGUUGCUGCUCUCUGUGCCGCCCAGCUGGGCCAAGCCUCCUCGCUGGGUGCCAAUGGAGAUGGUGUGUGUCUUUCCAUAAGUAUGACGGGUUCCUUGCUGUCCUCCUCGUGCCAGGGUCUGGGUGUCCUGCCAUGCACAGCCAGUGCAGCCAAGGACUGUGGUGGGUUACUCUUGGCUCUGCCGUGGGACAGUCUCAUCUCUUUGCUGUACCAGCUCUUUAGGUGCCUCCUGCUUUCUCCUUCCAUCCUCCAACACUGGAAACCGCGGGGGGAUUUUGCCAAAGCUGCAGGCAGCAGCAUCCCUAGCUCCUGCAGCAGGAGCUGCCCAGGCUGUCAGUGAUUAGGGAGAAUAUCCUGCUCUUGUACAGCAUGACUCCCUGUCUCUCCACUCCUACUCUGGGAUCCUUAUUCCUGUUUAACCCUCAUCAGGAUCCUCUUCAGUAACCCUGGAGCACCCAUGAGCUGCAGAGGUGGGGCUUUCUCCACUGGGGAGGCACUGGUAGUUCCCACGUGUGAGAGUGUCCCAGAGCCCAGGGCACCGGCGAUCCUGGGGGAUGUGGUGAGGGCUGGUGCCUCCCAUCCAUCCCCCCCGCUGUGCUUUCCAACAGCCGUGCUCACGGCUCUCUUCCCCCACAGCCUUUCAGCGAUCACAGCCGUUUGUUUCCCUUGUGCGGGCGAGCGCUGUACAGGCUGUGCCUGGGAAAAGCCAGGCGCGGGGCUUGUUCCCAGGAUGGGAAUUGCACCACGAGCCUUCCCAAGCCACUCCUUCUGUGGGGCUGCCUGUCCCCGGGGAGGAAAAGAGCUGGGGAAAGGGGUUGCUGGGCUCCUCGCUGACCCCUCUGCUGCUGGGAGGCUUUUCCCUGCCUCUCCCAAACCCUUCUCUUUGUGCCCUGGGAAAGCAGUGUGUUGGAAGAGGGUUUGUGCGUGCUGUAGGGACACUGAUUUCUCUGCCGUG